UGUUGUUUUUGGAAACAGCUGGGGCCGUAGCGUCUGAAACGUCUAGCCAAGGCAGGGGCACGGAAGGCAUGAUCAACAAAUUAAUCUGAUUUGUCGCAGUAACGUUAUUGCAAUGGACCCCGAUAUCCUUUCUACGUUUAAAAUACUCAUUAUUGGUGAAAGUGCUGUCGGUAAAACAAGUUUGCUUCUACGGUUCAUAAACGACAACUUUGAUCCUAAUGUAUCAGCUACGAUUGGAGUUGAUUUUAAGACCAAAAAGGUUACUGUUGAUGGCAAUACUGUAAAGCUGGCUAUUUGGGACACUGCUGGUGUAGAAAGAUUCAGGACACUGACACCAAGCUAUUAUCGAAACGCUCAGGGUGCUAUUGUGGUUUACGAUGUUUCCAGAAGGGAAACUUUUAACAAAAUGCAAUUGUGGCUAGAUGAACUUGAUACCUACACAACAAAGAGAAAUAUUGUUAAAAUGAUUGUUGGAAACAAAAUUGAUCAGGAUACUAGAGAAGUGACCAAAGAGGAAGGAAUCAAAUUUGCUAGAAGACAUGCAGCACUGUACAUCGAAUCUAGUGCAAAGACCCGCGACAAUGUUGAGUGUGCCUUUGAAGAACUCGUUCAAAAGAUUAUACAAACUCCAGGUUUGUGGGAAGCAUCAACCAACCAAGCUGGAACAAUCUCAGUAUCUCAGAAUGACAGCAGUGAUGGUUACCUACCGAAGUGUGGGGGAUGGUCAUGCUCUUUAGCUUAAAAAUGAGAUAAGGGUGGCCUUGUAUCAUGGUUUAAAUUGGUAUGACUUAAAAUUUAUGGGUGCAGGAAAGAAGUAAUUUUGAAUAUCCUGUAAUUUUACAGAAGAUGUACAGAAGAUCUGUGUUUGUUUUUCCAAAAGUAUAGAGAAAACCAAUCAUGUAUUUUUGUAAUUAUUUAAGGGUACUAAGUCCUCAUGUAAGAAUGUUAUGGCUUAGCUUGAGAAGCAAUCAUUUUUAACUUUUAUUGUGAUAAAUUUACUAAGAAUAAAAAUUGAUUUUUAAAAUA